AUGGACUUUGACAGGAGGAAGGCAUCCACACUAGCAUCAUUGAGCUCCAAUGAAGCAGACAAAUCUCCGAAAGGCUCUUUAGACACACCCAUCAUUCCUCUCAUCAACAUCAUCAACAACCACCUUUCUUACUUCACCACCAGCUCCUGCUCCGGCCGCAUCUCUAUCCUUUCCCAACCCAAACCCGAUCCCAAGUCAAGUAAUCCCACCAAAAAGAAAGCCCGAGGAGGCACAUGGCUCUUCAUCACCCAUGACGCAGCCGAUCCCGACUCAGUCAUCUCCCUCCUCUUCUCUGACUCGAUCAAAUUGACUCAAAACAGUGAGCUGGUCUUCCGGUUCGAGCCUCUUAUCAUUGCUGUUGAGUGCAGAGACUUGAAUUCAGCUCAGAGUUUGGUUUCUUUGGCGAUUGCUUGUGGGUUCAGGGAGUCCGGGAUUACGAGCGCCAGCAAGAGAGUGAUAGUGGGGAUACGGUGCUCUAUAAGGGUGGAGGUGCCAUUGGGGGAUACCCAGAAGAUUAUGGUGUCUGAAGAUUACGUGAGGUUCCUUGUCGGCGUUGCUAAUGAGAAAAUGGAAGCUAAUUGGAAGAGAACUGAUGGGUUCCUUAGAGCUUUUCUAAAGAGUCAGGAAGGAGCGUUGGAGAAUGGGGAUGUUUCAAACUGUAGUAAGAGUGGUGGCGAUUGUAAUGAAGGUCAAGGUAGUUUCGAGAGAAGUUUUGGAUAUGCUCAAGACCUUGUUCCUAGUGAAUCAUUGGGGGAGAGUGAAGUAAUUUCCAGAUGCAUUUUAUAUAUUAGUCCGAUGAUAAUUGCUGGUGAACCCAUAGAGAGGUUGUUCCUUUGGGGCCAUUCGGCUUGUACAUUAGAAAACAUGGACAAAACUGAAGUUCUUAUAUUUGGUGGCUUUGGGGGAAGUGGAAGACAUGCAAGAAGAAAUGAUUCUUUUCUCCUUGAUCCAUUCCAUGGGAUAUUGAAAGAAAUUAAUGCGGUAAGCCGUCCAUCUCCUCGCCUGGGUCACACAGCUUCUUUAAUAGGAGACUGUAUGUUUGUUAUUGGAGGCAGGGCUGAUCCUACGAACAUACUGAGCGAGGUAUGGGUUCUGAAUACGGUAAAGAAUGAGUGGAGGCUGCUAGAUUGCACUGGCAGUGCUUUUCCUCCCAGGCAUCGGCAUGCAGCAGCAGCUGUAGGAUCAAAGAUUUAUGUCUUUGGUGGACUUAAUAAUGAUACAAUCUCUUCAUCCUUGCACGUUCUUGACACCAAUACAUUGCAAUGGGAAGAAUUGGUGGCCUAUGGUGAAUGGCCAUGUGCUCGUCAUUCUCACUCAAUGGUAGCAUAUGGAUCUAAGAUAUUCAUGUUUGGGGGGUACUAUGGUGAGGCUCUUGGGGACUUAUACAGUUUUGAUAUUCUGACAUGUUCAUGGAAAGUAGAAAAGGUAGGUGGAAGAAGCCCACACGCGAGGUUCUCCCACUCCAUGUUUGUGUACCAAUAUUAUAUUGGAAUAAUUGGAGGUUGCCCUGUAAGACAACAUUGUCAAGAGUUGGCAUUACUAGAUACGCGAAGCCUGUUCUGGAGGCAUGUGAUCCUCAGUUCAAUGGAUAAAGAACUGUUUGUGCGUUGCACAGUCAAUGUUGUUCAUGAUGAUCUUAUUAUGGUUGGGGGUGGAGCAGCAUGCUAUGCAUUUGGAACCAAGUUUAGCGAGCCAAUGAAACUCAACUUGCUUCCUUUAUUAUCUCUAAAUGACCAUGACAGUUCUUCAAGGCAUGGAGAAAAUCACGGUAAUAAGCAAGAGGGAGGCCUGAUGGGAAAUGAUAAUUUUCUUUUUCAAGCUCCACAUGUUGGAAUUGGUUCAACUCAAUGUCCUGAGACACAAAGCUUAAAUGUUGAGAACCAUAUGGGACUUACAUGUGCUUCAGGUUGGGUUGUAAAACUUGAAAAAAGACAUGCAAAAUUGGGGAAGGACAUAUUGAAGAAGUUUGGAUGGUUAGAUCAAGAGAGAAAAGUGUAUGCACACGAGAAUGGUUUAUUCAUCUCUUUCCCUGUGACAGAGAAGUUUUGUGCUAUAUUCCUAGAAGACAAAUUUGAAAGUUCGGGUGACCAUCUAUUGAAAACAUUUAAAGCUGAAAGUUUUCUCUUAAAUGAGAUGUCCUCCUCAGCAGCUUUGGACGUUCUUAAGGAAAUUGGUGCUAUUAAGUUGCCAGAUGAGGUUGUUCAAAAAAGAAAAGCUUCCAAAUCUCCCCUAAAAAUAAUGACUGAAGCUGUUGCCUCUUUGAUUAGGCAAAAGGGGUUAUCAGAUGAACUUCUGGAGCAGCUACCAAACAGGUGGGAACGACUUGGUGAUAUUAUUGUGCUCCCAAUUUCUUCCUUCAGGGACCCGGUAUGGGAUUCAAUUGGAGAGGAGCUUUGGCCAAUUAUUGCCAAAUCCCUUAAUACCCAUCGCCUUGCACGGCAGGGUCGGGUUGCUGCAAAUGGUACGAGGGACGGUACUUUGGAGAUACUUGUAGGAGAUAGUGGCUGGGUUGAUCAUCAUGAAAAUGGGAUUCUAUAUUCUUUUGAUUCUACUAAGUGCAUGUUCUCUUGGGGCAAUCUUUCUGAGAAAAUCCGUAUGGCCAAUUUGGAUUGUACAGAUGCAGUCAUUGUGGAUCUGUUUGCUGGAAUUGGAUAUUUUGUGUUGCCUUUCCUCGUUAGGGCAAAAGCAAAGCUGGUCUAUGCUUGUGAAUGGAAUCCUCAUGCCAUUGAGGCUCUUAAACGUAAUAUUGAAGCCAAUUCUGUCUCUGAUCACUGUAUCAUACUUGAAGGAGAUAAUCGGAUUACAGCACCCAAGGGAGUUGCAGAUCGAGUUUGUCUUGGUCUUAUCCCAUCAAGUGAGGGUAGCUGGCUUACUGCUGUGAGGGCAUUAAGGAGUGAAGGUGGGAUAUUGCAUGUCCAUGGGAACGUGAAGGACACCGAGGAGGAAUCGUGGGCUAAUCAUGUUUCAAAAUCGAUAUCGGAGUAUGCAAGAUCUGAGGGCCGUUGUUGGGAAGUUGCUAUUGAUCAUGUGGAGAGAGUGAAAUGGUAUGCCCCACACAUACGCCAUGUUGUUGCUGAUGUUAGAUGCAGACAAAUCUAGCAUGAAUUGUUUCGUGACAAUGAGGUUUACCCAUUAAUGGCCUACUUAAGUAGUUGUAUGUGAAUUCACAACCUGCUCAUUACUCAUUUAUUCUCCCUAAACCCGAAUAACUCUGUUCAGCCUCGGG